CCAAGGGAUGAACAGCUGCACACCUUUUUUGUUAAGGAGAAGAUCCAGAGGGGAGGAACACCAAGCCAGGUUUUGAUUUUUAACAAACUUUUUAUCUCUCUACUUUACAGCAGUUGUUUUGUCUUUUCAAAGCUAAAACAAUGGCAAAUGCCGGAGUACAGCUUCUUGGUUUCACGCUGGCCUUCUUUGGCUUCAUUGGAACAAUAGCAUCCACAGUUAUGGUGGAGUGGAAAGCUUCAUCGUACACAGGAGACAACAUUAUCACAGCUCAGGCGCUGUAUGAGGGUCUGUGGAAAAGCUGUGCGUCACAGAGCACCGGGCAGAUUCAGUGUAAAAUCUACGAUUCACUCCUUCAGCUACCAGGGAUUGUACAGGGAACUCGGGGGCUCAUGAUAGGCUCCAUCUUGCUCUCCUUCAUUUCCAUGAUUGUGGCGGUGGUGGGAAUGAAGUGCACCACCUGUAUGUCAGAACAACCCGCGCAGAAGGAUAAGGUGGCUCUGGCUGGAGGGGUUAUCUUCAUGAUAGCUGGUCUUCUUGCUCUGGUUGGAACAUCCUGGUAUGGCCACAGAAUAGCCCAGGACUUCUACAACCCACACACUCCCACCAAUUCCAGGUUUGAAUUCGGGUCUGCCAUGUACGUCGGAUGGGGAGCGGCUUGUCUGUGCCUUAUAGGCGGGGGCUUCCUCUGCUGCAACUGUUCAGGGAACAGCAGCUCCAGAAAAGCCCCGCGCUACCCACCAUCCAACACUGCAACUGGCAAGGACUACGUCUAGGAAGAGAGCAGUCUCUGUCCAGCUUCUACUCAAAGUGGAAUAUGCAUGCAGGAAUUUACAGGAAUAUACAGUUCUAUGUUAAUAAUCACUAGCAUGUUUUUUUCUUUUAUUUUCUUUGUUCAAAGAUAAUCAAAAUUCAAAACUAUUGUUAAACUUUUUUUACUUGUCAUCUACUCCUUUACGGUAAUCUUUUAAUAGCAGAUGUAAAUGUAAACAAUGUCAACAGAGAAAUGUUUUUCUUUAAUUUGAACUGUUUUUAUGAAAUAUUAAAUAAAAUUUGCAUAACUUU